UCCCUGAAGCUCCCAGCCAAGCAGCAUCCAUUAGAGGGGGAUAUCUUUUUUUUUCUUCCUCAAACCAUUUGCUCAACGGUAGCAUUGCUCUUCGCACGCCCGUAAAAAUGUCUUAUCAAGGCAAAAAGAAUAUCCCAAAGAUCACGAGCGACAGGCUUCUGAUCAAAGGUGGGAGGAUUGUGAACAAUGACCAGUCCUUCUGUGCUGAUAUCUACAUGGAAGAUGGCCUCAUUAAGCAGAUUGGUGACAACCUGAUUGUGCCUGGUGGGGUGAAGACCAUCGAGGCCAAUGGUAAGAUGGUGAUCCCCGGUGGGAUUGACAUCCACACCCACUUCCAGAUGCCCUACCGUGGGACCACCACCGUGGACGACUUCACCCAGGGCUCGAAGGCUGCUCUGGCUGGAGGAACUACCAUGAUUGUGGAUCAUGUGAUCCCAGAGCCAGGUACCAGCUUGAUAGAGGCCUAUGACCAGUGGAGGCAGUGGGCAGAUGAGAAGGCCUGCUGUGACUACUCCCUCCAUGUGGACAUCACUCACUGGAAUGACAGCGUGAAGCAGGAGGUUGAGACCCUCAUCAAGGAGAAAGGUGUUAAUUCAUUCCAGGUGUACAUGGCCUACAAGGACUACUACCAGAUGAGCAACAUUGAGAUCUAUGAGAUCUUCACCUUCCUGGCAGACAAUGGAGGUAUCGCUCAGGUGCAUGCUGAGAAUGGAGAUAUCAUUGCUAGGGAACAGGGCCGCAUGCUGCAGAUGGGUAUUACUGGACCCGAGGGACAUGUGCUGAGCAGACCAGAGGAGCUGGAAGCAGAGGCAGUGUUUCGUGCCACCACCAUUGCCAGUCAGACCAACUGUCCUCUCUACAUUACACGGGUGAUGAGCAAGAGUGCUGCGGAUGUCAUCUCACAGGCCCGGAAAAAAGGAAAUGUUGUGUUUGGAGAGCCAAUCACGGCCAGUCUUGGGACUGAUGGAACACACUACUGGAGCAAGAACUGGGCUAAGGCAGCCUCCUUUGUGACAUCCCCGCCUCUAAGUCCUGAUCCCACAACUCCAGACUAUCUGAACACACUGCUGUCCUGCGGAGACCUGAAUGUGACCGGUAGUGCUCACUGUACCUUCAGUGUGGCCCAGAAGGCCAUUGGCAAGGACGACUUCACCCAGAUCCCUGAAGGAGUCAAUGGCGUGGAAGAGAGGAUGGCCAUUAUCUGGGAUAAGGCUGUGACCACUGGUAAGAUGGACGAGAACAUGUUUGUGGCGGUAACCAGCACCAAUGCAGCCAAGAUCCUGAACCUGUACCCGCGCAAGGGCCGGAUUGCUGUGGGAUCUGAUGCUGACCUCGUGAUUUGGGACUCUGAUUUGGUCCGCACCAUUACUGCCAAAACACACAACUCGGCUGCUGAGUAUAACGUGUUUGAGGGGAUGGAGCUGUGUGGAGCCCCUCUGGUGGUGAUCUGCCAGGGCAAGAUUGUUUUGGAGGACGGGAACAUGCACGCCACUUCAGGUGUGGGCCGCUUCAUCCCCUGUUCACCCUUCCCUGACUUUGCCUACAAGCGUGUCAAGGCUAGGAAGCAGCUGGCAGUCCUGCGGGCGGUACCCAGGGGUAUGUACGAUGGUCCGGUGUCUGAAUUCUCCCCAAUGUCCCGCGGUGGGACUCCCUCAGCCUCAGCACGCACCUCCCCGACCAAACAGCCUGUCAGGAACCUGCACCAAUCUGGUUUCAGCCUAGCAGGUAACACUGCAGUACACGGUCCCCCCACCCCAGAUGAUAACCCCAUUAGGCCUGCUGGUCGACGUAUCGUAGUGCCACCUGGUGGCCGUUCCAACAUCACGUCCCUCAGUUAAGUGACAGGAGGAAGAGGGGAUGAAGUCCAAAAAAAACAAAAAAACAAAAAAACAACAACAACAACAAAAAACAAACAGCCACAUCCAGUAGGAGGGAUGGGAAGGAGAAGAUGAAGAAGAACAUGUUUAGUUAAAAGAUAAAUUGAGUAAAACACUGAAUCCUCAUGCCUUACCUGUCACAAUGCUACCUUGCUUGGAUAAGAACCUUAUUCUUUUUCCUGGGGGAAUUUCACCGGUCUGGCUCUGAACGUCAAAGGGUAGGAAACACGUACUAUAAGAGGUUAAAGUCACGUCAAAACACAACAAAUUCAAUCAGUCUCUGCAACAGUUCCCGCUCAGUCGAGCAUACAUUACAUGGAAUGAAAUGCAAAAAAGUGAACCUUAUUAUUCAGUUGCAGCCAUAACAUUACGCUUCAGCAUCUGGCAGUGAAACACCCCCAUACUCUUGUAUUCAUCCUAGAAAGAAAACAAAACCCUGGAAUUCUCUGAAUGGAAAACGAAUACCGCUUUUCUCAUAAUGAAGCUAUGGUUCCUCUAGUCUGUUUGGCUUUCAAUGUCACCUCCUUUUUUUCCAGUAGCCUGCUCUCUCUACACUAGCUCCCUUCUUAGCCAUGUAAUAACAUACAGUACCAUUGAUUAGCUCUAGGUGGCAUUGUGUAUAUGGUAGAUGUAAACGUAGCUUCGUGAACAAUGUUGUUGCAGCCUGUCUGACUUUACUGGACCAAGGAGAAGGUAUUUAUCAAAUCUCAGAGCAGGGCUGUUGGUAUGCAAUGGAGAUGGACCAGCAUGGGCCACAAUUACAAGGGUGACAUGAUCCAUGCUCCUGUGGCACCCCUACGCUGAGACACUCAAUGAAUACCAUCCCCUGGACCUGUUGAUAGCAUAAUUAAUUAAAUGUGUAAGGAAAGAAAAAGCAAACAUGUUCUGCUGGGAAAAAAAAAUUGUUAACGUGCACAAGCAGAUAUGAAAAUGUUUUGAAAUUGCUUUCAUUUUCUUUUUCUUUUUGGAAGAUUUUUUUUUCAUCUUAGGUUCCUCAACUUUGUCAUGGUUUUUUGAAGAAAAGAAACAAAAUGAGAAACUGUUCUUGUUGUAUGUUUUGGCAAAUCAUCUUGAAAGGGAGAAAAAAAAAGAAGCAUGUACCGUUUCCACAAUAAGUUAUGCCAAGCUCAGCUGUCCAGUAUGAGACCUUGACAUAAUGAGCUUUGUAAAUGAGGAUUAAAAAGACCAACUAACAAAACAAUGAAAACCUGCUUUCAGAUAACAGUUCUUCGCUUAUGGCUUUCGUUUUUCUUGGUUCCUAAUGGUAAAAGGCCCUGGUUUGAGGUUAGAAAAAGUUCACGUUACCUCAUCAUCAUAACAUGUUCUUGCUGAUAAGUGCUGAUUCAAUAUCAGCCUUCAAAACAUCACAAACUCCAGAUAGUAUGCUGGUGCUCAGUUUACCUGAAGCCCCCCUGAGUUGACCAUCGCGCCUUUGUCACAGAAGGUCCUCAUUAUAUUUCCUAAUGUCUUCUGGCCUGUACACGUACCCUCAGACAAGGUGGAGGAGGGGAUGGCUUUUACUUUGCUGCCGUCCCAGCCAACCGCAGUGAGGCAGGGUGGGAGACACAAGGUGGGAGGAGGGGGCGGCGGUGAGGUAGAGUAUGACAUGGUCACCAAGUGGUGGUUUGUAUUAUUUAUGUUAGUUUGAAUAUCUCCGUUGUUUUUUUUUUUCAUGUUCUUUUUUUUUUUUUUACUGUUUUAUCAAAACCCCGAGAAGACAGGUCAAAAAUAAGGUGUGCUGUGGAGGUAUGAUUUGUUCCUCAAUAAACAUGAGUUGCAACUGAUUGACUAUGUUCAUUUUUU